GAGCCUUGCUGAAUGUCGGACAGCAAGCAUCCUAGUGAAACUUCAACUCCUGUGGGGACAAGUACAGCGUGUUUUAGAUCAGUUGGGAAACGGUGUGCCGACAGGCUCCAACAUAUGGGCUCAGCUUGUAACAAUAAUAUGGCAGACUAUCUUAUUACUGGCGGAACAGGGUACGUACCAGAUGAUGGUCUAACAGGUGCCCAGUUGUUCUCACACGGUGAUGGAUUCACGUACAAUGAUUUUCUCAUCCUGCCAGGCUUUAUUGACUUUUCAGCAGAUGAGGUGGAUCUGACAUCAGCACUGACAAAGAGGAUCACUUUGAGAGCACCUUUUGUAUCAUCACCCAUGGACACAGUGACAGAAUCUCAGAUGGCUAUUGCCAUGGCUUUAUGUGGAGGAGUUGGAGUAAUUCAUCAUAAUUGUUCAGUUGAUUUCCAAGUUAAUGAAGUGAGAAAGGUGAAGAAAUACGAGCAAGGCUUUAUUGUAGACCCAGUUGUGAUGUCACCUUCACAUACAGUUCAAAAUGUGAUAACUGCGAAGAAACAAUAUGGGUUUUCUGGUAUACCAAUCACAGAGAAUGGACAUAUGGGCGAGAAACUGGUUGGUCUUGUUACACAAAGAGAUAUAGACUUCCUGUCAUCAGAAGAUUAUAAAACACCAGUUUCUGAAGUAAGUCUAGAUAGUUGAUGUUGAUAAAUACGUAAAUUUUA